ACUGUACUAGAAAGUAUAAAAGCCUUUUUGGUGUUUGCGCCGUAGCCUAAAAAAACUCACACACGCACUAAUCAAACACAAAAACAUGGCGAGUGAAACAACAGCGGUGAUUGAAUCUAGCGGCGGAGACACGGCGGUGGAUAAACAACCGCACAAGUUAUAUAGGGAAUGGACUUUCUGGUUCGAUAAUCAAUCCAAACCCAAACAACAAGGCGCUGCUUGGGGCUCUUCGCUUCGCAAGGCCUAUACUUUUCACACCGUUGAAGACUUUUGGUGCUUGUAUGAUCACGUUUUCAGGCCUAAUAAGUUGCCAGGGAAUGCUGAUUUUCAUUUAUUUAAAGCCGGGAUUGAGCCCAAGUGGGAAGAUGUUGAGUGUGCUAAUGGAGGCAAGUGGACUGUUAUUAGUAGCAGAAAGGAAACUCUUGACACCAUGUGGCGAGAAACUCUAAUGGCUCUGAUUGGAGAGCAAUUUGAUGAAGCUGAAGAGAUUUGUGGCGUGGUUGUUAGUGUCCGUCAAAGACAGGAUAAGCUUGCAUUGUGGACCAAGAAUGCUGCCAAUGAAGCUGUCCAGAUGAGCAUCGGAAGAAAGUGGAAAGAGGUUCUGGAUAUUACUGAUAAGAUCUCAUAUAGCUUUCACGAUGAUUCUAAAAGGGAAAGAUCUGCAAAAAGUCGAUAUUUUGUCUAACUCUUUCAUUAAUUUGUUGUGAGUUUUUCCAUUUCCAGUCGUGAUUGUAGUAAGCACUAAAUGGAUACAAAUUUUCUUUAUAAACUGUGAUGAGCACACAAAAUUUAUAUUUUUACAAUGUACACAAUGGUUUGAGAUUGAAAAAUAUAAUGUUGUAUGUUGUUAGAUCCUUCA